AUGAUCCCCCAUUCUUCCGCCGGCCAACCCUGGGGCCACCCGAUGCGCGCCCUCAAUGGAGGCCCCGGACGGGUUGACCUGGCUCAAAUGGCCGGCCAGUACGAUUCGCCCUCGGUCUCUUCGCAACAUUCCAUAUCGCAUUCGCAGUUACAGUCGCAACCGCCGCCGCCGCCACAACCGCCGAUCCGCCAAACACCCGUGGUGGACUUGACAGCCGGCGGAUUUGAGUCGCACGAUCGAGAACCCCCGCCAAAACGACCGAGACUGGAUGUAUCGAGUGGAUCGAAUUUGGGUGAUGCCGGCUCGACGAUGAAUAGUGCCGAGCCGCGGAGCACACCAGGCAGCGCUGGUUCGCGGCCGCAGCUUUCAUGGCGUGGUCGACCGCUAUGGUCUUUCCAGGCUGUCAUGUCAGAGGUUCCUGGGAGCGAGAAUCGAGGGGAUGGUUCGACGGCAUCGAAGCCAUCGUCGCCGCCUCCGUUCCCUGCGCAGCCUUGGACUAGUGUUCCACCAGAGCGUCAGGGUAAUGCAGAUUCGAAGUCUCGUGAUCCAUCUCCAGUCAAGAAAGUUUCCACAACGCCAUAUCGUAUUGAGACGCCAUCUGCGGCUCCAAUUAUCAAGGGAGAUAAAGUCGCCGGUUUCGCCCCGUGGACUGGAAAUCAUCCGGAAGAUAUAUUGAACGAGCAGACCGCGAAACAAGGUUAUUAUGAUCGUACUCAGGUCUCCCAGAACGAAUCAAACACCGCGCGCCCGGCUUUGUAUGCACAGCUCAAGCACCGUACGGGUCUCCAGAUGCUUUCGUCCGUAUUCACUGCGGCCCUUGAGAAACGCCAGAACCACAACGCUGUCCACGCUCCAUCGACUUUCAAACCACCACCACGAGUCACGCUGACCGAUAAUAAGCGAGAAGCAUGGCUUCGCGACCUUGCCAACUCGGCCGUACCACUGCGCCGACUAAGCCGAACCAUUCCCCAUGGUAUCCGUGGUAAGGUACUGCUGGAUCAGUGCCUGGGUAAAUGGAUCCCGGUGGCUCGAGCCGUUUGGCUUGCAAAGUGUGUUGGUGCCAACGAGAUUCGUGCAUUUAAACGUAAAGGCACCAGCGGCGCUUUAGCAGUGGGUCUGGAGGCAAAGUGGGUUCGUGAAUGGACUACCAACGUUCAACAAUUCGUCGAGGGGGUCUUCAGUGCGCCCAAAUCGAAUGACUGGAAAGCCAAGAUGACCUACGCCGUGGGGUUAACUGCUCGUCUCUUCUUCGAAAACCUUCUCGACCACGAUCACUUCCUGGAAUGGUUCUUGGCAUCAUUCGAAGCCGCUUCUCUGGCUACCGUGCCUGUCUGGCUCCUGAUGCUCGGUAUAUACUGGAGUAACCUCAUGCGGUAUCGACGUCGAGGACGACGAUUAGCAGAACUUUUACUCGAAAAGCUUCGACAGGCCACCGCCGCCAAACUCGAUCCCCUGCAACCUCUCGUUGAUCGCUUAUCUCGUUUCAUCAAAAAGUUGGUUCACGAACAUACCUCAUCGAUGAUUCUGCCAAAUUCAUGGGACACGUAUAAAGAUCAAGUCUCCUCAUGCCUCAACCUCUCUAAUAAAGUCGAUCGGGCCUUGUACCAAAGUAUUGCGGAACGAAACGUCCGAGUACAGCGACCUAGACACCCUAAACAAUCCGCUCAGCGUUCUCCCCAUCAACGCAUCAUCCGCCUGCUUGACUCUAUUCGCUCCGCCCACGACAUCGUCGCAAUGUCUUCUGCUUGCCUGGAUGCCAUCGACGAUCGGGCCAUUCUCGUUUCAAAACUGCUAGAAUGGCUUGCCACGCCGUUCCGUCAUGGCAUCUGCCGGAUCUACGUCGGCGUCCGUCUGCUACGGAAGUGGAAGGCAUCCGGUGUUGAUGUCGACGAGCAUAUCCUUUCCUUCCUUACGCAUGCCGGCAUCAAUAAGAAGCUCAGUAUGGAUAAUGUGUACCACGCGAUCUCCGAGCUUGUCAGGUCACAGACAUUCUCGGUUGGUCGGUACCUCCAAUGGUUGAUGGCAAAGGGUGUGACGAAUCGUCAGCCCAAUGACACUCAGUCAACCAUCGAAAUUCCCGGCGACAUUGGAUUGAUAGCACAGCUUCCCGUUGGCCGCCUCCCCGAACACGUCGGCAACCUGCGCAAAACCCUGAUGGCGCGCACUGGAUUCUCCGUCUCAGAAGAGGGCCAAAUGGUUGCCAGCAUCAAGAUCUUAAUCAGCCAUCGCCUCCCGGGCCUGUUUCGUUCGGCAAUGUUGUUGGAUACCUCGCUCAACUCGUUGCCGCAGGAUUUGACAUGGGCUGUGAAGGCUGAGAUUGCCCAGUGGCUUCGACGCGGUGUUGUUGAGCAUACCCGUGUUAAUGUCAAUACUUUGCGAGCCAUGCUUCCAGGUGAACUCGGUCAUUCCGUAUCUGCGCUCACGCCUGAAGAGUUCUACAACGUUCGUGAUAUCCUCGAGACCAUUGGCGAUGUCUCCAUGUUGGCAGACGUGCUCAAGGUUGCGUCAAGCUCUGAUGAUAGCACCGUUCUCGCAUCCGUUGCAGAUACUACCAAUUGCCAUUUCGACUCGUUGUCUGUCAUUGGCGCCACGAUGGAUCUGUUCCGCAAAUUGGUUGACGCGUAUGCCGGCAUUAAACGAUAUGGCACGCCUAGCCUGGACUUGAUGUUUUCACUCAUCGAGCUUGGUCUCCGCAUUCCAAACGAACUCAACACUGUCGCCAUCCUUCGUCAAGAUCUCUCACGCAUGGAAAACAAAUCUGUUGUCGCUGCUUGUUCGCCAGUCUCGGACCACAUCCCGGACAGCUUUGGCGAAGCCGAUCCCCUCUUCCGUGAAAAGCUGGACCAGCUCUUGCUCUUGGGCAAUGUUAUGGAUGAGCCCACUCUGGACACUAUUUUCAACAUGCUGGCAAAGCAUCUGGAAUCUGGCGAAGGCAAGACGAGGCUGUCAGCUAAUGAUACCUGUAGAUAUCUAGCCCAGUUGCGGUCAUUCCAGCCCAAGCACUUUGAUGUGAUUCUCGCCCGUUGGGUUUGUGGACACCUCAGGUCAUCCGAUCGCACGAUACUGCUUCGCAUCCUGCCGCCUCUCAUCGGAGUGGGAUGCGUGACUAUUCGGUCAUUCCUGUCACUCGCCAAAAGACUGUCCAAUUCCGCAAACUCGAUCCCCAACGCCACAGAUCUGCCCGCAGAUCUUGUCGAGCUUCUCGUGGCCCGCGAUGAUGAUGGCAGAUACCUCGAUCUCGUCUCCUACCGCUUCCAACUCGCCCAGCAAGAAUUCCUCUCCAGGAACACCGAGGAGGCUCUGGGGAUUGUAUGUGAUGCCGCUGCCUGUCUCAAGUCUGGUGACCAGAAACCGGCUCUCAAGUAUAUCAACUUGGAGACGUCUAUGGUCACAUUGUUGCGGGAGCUGCUUGUGCGGAAUCCUGAAUGCGCAAGCAAAUAUUGCUUGCAAAAGAUUGACAACCAGUCCCCGACUGCAAUGGUCGUUUUCCAAAAAGCCCUCGACCUCUUGCUUGGGGUAGACCCACAGAAAGCAAAUGACUCAGUCAUUUCGGAAGUUGAGAAGCUUGCAAACACAACCGACGACUUUUCGCUUCCGCUGUGUCAGUUGAAGCUCCAGGUUCUGUUCCACGCCGACUCUGCAAAUGAGGAUCGAAGCAACCUUGUGGAUGCGAUGUUCAAGACUGUUGUGGCUGAUUCGCGUGCGCGCAAACUCCACUGGGUUGACCUGGUCGCUUUGAUGAGUCCCGAUGCGGUGCGACAGAUUCGUGAACGUGCCGAGAAAGAGUUCUUUGCCAUUCCACUCCUCGAAGAGCCAGUGACUCCACAGAGUAUGAGCUCGUUGGAGAAUGCAAAGCUGUAUCUCACUAUUAUUGAAGAACUUGCAAGCAGCAUCCCUGAUUCCGGGACGCCAACGAUUGCGCCGCUUCUCGUGGAGAAGAUGGAUCUCCUCCUGCACAAGAUUAUUACCUUGCAGUCUAGUCUCAACAAUACCGGGGAGAAUCGCACCGCCGCAUCGGCUGGUCAAGGACGCACCACUUUCGAGCGGUCUCUGGCCUUCUGGUUCUCAGCUCUGCUUCGGAUGGUGGUCAUCCAUCGUGCCUCGUUCAUUCAGCCAUCGCCCACGCUGAAAAUCGGUUCCUCUCACGAGCAGUCCCGUCUCCUCAUUUCAAUCUUCUGCAUUGCACUAUCCCGUCUUCCAGGCGAUGUGCUCCGCCACUUCCCCGGCGCCGACUACUUCCCCCGUCAAGGCGCUGUAGAAGAUUACCGCCCCUGCCCAGGAAUCUUACUGCAGACGCAUGCAUUAGACGUGGCCGCCUCGCUCAUCGAUAUCUUCCCCGACGAGAUCCGUCACCAGUGCGCCCGCUUCCUGAAGGAAAAGUGUCCACCCUUUGUACCCCUCCAGAACGACUCGCGAUUCCUCUACCUACUCGGUCCCAUGUCGGAUUCCCACCCGUCCAGCAUCCUCCAGUCUGCAUCCGCCCCGUCUCCCGCAGCAUCUGCAUCCACACCAACCCCGACAUCAGCCAAUUUCCCUACCGCUGGCGCCGCGGCCCAGCCCACGGUGUCUAGUCUGUGUGGUGGACUUUCUGAGAACUCGAAUUGCAUGGCGAAUCGACUGCGCCUUCAGAAUCGGGGCCGUAUUGUUGGUCCAUAUCCGAUUCGGCCGUGGGAGCUGCUCGAAGACGCGGCACCUUUCGUGGGCGUUAACGAUACUGCGGUGAACCUGGGCUAUUUCGACGCGAGGCGUGUGCGUGUCUAG